CACUAAAUCUCGAAGUUUCAUGCAAUUCUAAGAUUUUCAGCAUCAAAUUUUUUUUUCGAUUUCGGAAAUUUCACCUUACACCGCCACAAAGGCAUCAUUACACAACUAGGUGGAUUAAAACGGGUUUUUAAGUUUACAUUCAAUCCCAAACCAAAUGCGGAAAAUUUGAUGAUGAAAACUUAGAGAAAAAGGAACAAUAAGCAGAUCUUUAUAAAGAAUAUAAAGUGUUACUUGAUAAAUUCUAAUACCGUCUGUCACAAGAUAUCUGAAAUGCGGAAUGCGAAAAAAUAUUGUUCAAUUUUAUUAAUAAUAAAAAGCAUAACAAACUUCGUAAAUACAAUUUUGUAUGUAAUAACAGAAUGGAAAAAGCUAACGAAUAAAGUAGUGUAAACGUGCUUAAUCCACCUAGCAGUGAGAUGAUACCUUUUUUUAUCAUCCGCAUGUGUUUUUUGCAUGCGGUGUUUUAGCACAGACUUACAGACAGGACACUCAAAUUAGAUUCUUCAAUCAUUUUAACGAUCAUUUCGAAUAUUCCUUUAUUUGGGACAGUACUCACAUGUGUCAUGAUGGCGCCACGUUACCCUAUCAAAAACAUCCUGUCUGUCAUCUAGACUGUGUUUAUUUUUUCCAUUUAUCAACAGAGUUGCCAUUCAUACAGAAUUACCUGUAAUGUAUUGAUUUGUAUACGUCCAUGCGAAUUUCAUGCAGGAUACAGAUUUAAUACAUAUUGCCAAAUCUAUAUACAUAAUUGUACCUACUUCCCAUCCUCCAACGCAAUACAAAAUCGAACCCGUUUUGUUACAAUAUUUACUUGCUUCUGGUCUGCCGCCACUUAAUUUAUGGUGAAAACUACCAACACAAUAAAAAAUAGUCUAGAUGAACAAUGUUGAGUCAAAUACCUUCCAACAUCGCGAAAAAGUUAAAUAUAUUAUCAACGUAAUCCAAUAAUUUAUUGUGACGAUUCAUUUUCGAAUAUUUUGAUGAAAUCAGGCAUCAAUGCAAGCAGCUGAUCGGUGUUGACAAACGAGAGGAAACUAACUAGUAAAAAAACUUUUACAUAACUCAAGGGGUGUACAGAUAGUAAAUAGUUCGCGCAGUACAAUAUAGGUGGAACUAGUGCAUCACGGAAAAAUUAUUUUGAUAAGAAUCAACUCAUACUGUUGUAGAGUUGUACUAUUAUCAAAGACCCUGAUUACAUCCCUGUUAGUUUUCGAAUUGAGUAAUAUGAGAGAAUCGAGAGCGGAUGUAAACUAUCUGGCAUCGCUGGAGACAUUAAGUGCGAGAACGGUAACGGUACAACUGGCGCAGUCGGUACGAUCCCAUUUAAGAUGAAUUCCGAAGAUAAGAUGCACUGGCCAUUGGGGCCCUUUAAUGAUUCAACUGAUGCUCAAGAUUUACGAAGAGAGUGGGAAGAAUGGCAUCGGUCAUUCGAAUUAUUGUUGGAGCUGAAACACAUCGAAUCGCAGCGUGAGAAAUGUGUGUUGAUGUUGACACUAGGUGGCCGUGGCCUACAAAGGAUUUUUCACAACCUUGCAGUUGUUCCAGAAGAAAUUUAUCCACGCCCGGUGAAAGUACCUCUUUGUCCGGCUGAGAUACCCGAGUAUGAUAAUGCCGUCAAACGGUUGGAAAAGUUUUUUGUCGGAAAGCGGAAUGAACGGGUGGAGCUGGAACUAUUCAGAUCCUUGAAGCAAACGUGUGACGAGUCAUUCAAUAAUUUCAUCCUGAAGCUUCGUACACAAGCCCGCCGGUGCGCGUUCAAAGACCGCGAGGAAAAAGAAAUUCUUCAACAAAUAACCAUGGGAGCGCGCGAUGAACGGGUGCGUGAUAAGGGACUCGAAAAUAUCAUGAACUUGGACGAAUUAACCAGUUACGCAAUCAAUCGGGAAAUUCUGACGAAGCAAAAAGAAAAAUCCAAGGCGUUCAAUGAUUUUCCAGUGGCAGCUGUCGAGCAACAGUGGCUACGGCGUACUAAUGGUGAACCUACGAAUAGAAAGUUCGUUGACCGUGAAUCCAGAAAUUUCGGUUUUAGAAGACAACAGAAUAGGCGAUUGGAAUCCGAAUGUGACCGCUGCGGAUCUCGUGCGCAUCUUGGGGAUUCUCGAAAUUGCCCAGCUCGUGCUUCGAAAUGCAAUCGAUGCGGACGCGACGGGCACUUUGCUCGUAAAUGCAGAAACAGAAAAACGGUAAACGCGCGAUAUACAUGGAAACGCCCAGCUGAAGAAACCAACUGUGUUCGCACACAAAAAAUUUGGAAUGAAGAGCUCCCUCGUCGUCCCACCAGAGAUGAUAUUUCUGAGGUAGAAUGAUUUGCAAAAC